AUGAAUUAUUGGACAUCUGAAGCAGAGGGACAUCAGAGAACUCUAGUCCUCACUCUGUACUGUCACACAGCAGACGGCCGUCCAAAUGAGACCCUCCAGGCCAGAAAACUGGACACACCGAGCCAAAAGACUCUGCACAGAGAGCUGCUGCUCCGCCAUAAACGGGGACUCCUGCUGGAGGAGAAACCUGAGUUGAAGCGAGUGUUGGAGCAGCGCAGGCUGGAGUUACACAAAGAAAAUGAUCUGGCACAACGCCGGCCUUCAGAUCUGGAGAUGGAGCUGUGCAAGAGGCAACAGAAGCUGCAACAGUAUGAGCAGGAGGAGAUCAGGCAGCGAGAGAACCUGCAGAAGAUUCCAGAGUUCGUCCGUGUCAAGGACAAUCUGAGGCGUACGCAGACAUUUGAGCAGUGAGCUCCAAAGGCUUUUUCAUAUUAUAAUACAUUUUGGUGAAUUUCUUUCCAA